AUGAAUGUGUUAUUACUAAUAGUAGCAAAUUUUGUCUAUAUUUAUGCGCAUGAAAAAGAGGCCGAUAUUGAUUCAAUGCCAAACGAUAUUGUCUGCCCGUUAUGUAUUGCAUUAAUUAAAAAAUUUCAACAAACUACUCCGCAAUACUUGGAUUACAAAAAAGUUCUAUGCCAAUCAAUAUCGGCAAAAAAUCGUAAAAGGUACCAUUUUUGCAUUGAAUCAUUCAAUGAGACGACGGUGGAAGAAUUGAAAAGUUUAAGUGCUGAGGAUUUAUGUAGAAACCAGAAACUUUGUCCAAUUCACUAUAAAGAAGUAUUACUUAUAGCGAAUACCGACAAAACCGAUUUUCCAACUAUACCGGCUCUAACGGAUACGGAAUCGAAGAAUGCCAAAAAAUAUGAUAUCCUCAAAACUAUUGCUGAUAUUUUGGCUGGAAAUGUAGGAACUUCAAAUAGGAAGAAUUUAACACUUCAUAUUAAUAUGCAAUUUCGAAAAUCUCAACCUGAUGGAAUGGCAGCAUCAGAAAAUCAAACAACUAGUGGAUUGAAAUAG